UUGGCUUCUCUCUCUAUUCUAUUCGUAUAUAUUCUCUCAAUUUGUUGAAAUUUAUUUUCAUUUUCACAUUUUUCGUAUCCCAAAGAGAGCUGGUCGAGUAAUUUCCUCACUUCACUUUCAAAGGAGAAAGAAACAUACAACACAAUCAAAAUUUAACAGGAAAAAAAAAUAAAAAAUAAAAAAAAAUCCAAAAAUUUCUAUUGUUACACAGAAAAAAGUGAAAAGUAAAUUUUAUUGCUCGCAAAAAGUCCUUCGGAAAGUGAAUCUUAAGUAGAGAAAAAAAAAGCCAAAAGCCAUACGAAAAAGUCAAAUAAAACCGUGUGAUUUAGUAAGUAAAUACACACACACGCACACGCACACGCACAUACACACACACACACACACACAAAACACACGGAGGAAGAAAAGGUGUGCAGCAGCAAGUCGCGCGAUUUGGAAUCGUUUCUGAGGAAUUUCUACACAAAUGUUUUAUCCGUUUCGUGUUUGAGAGUUUAUUUGAUUUCGAUCCUUUUUUCAUUGUAUUAAAAAAAAAAAGUUUUAUAACAAGUAUCCUUCAAAAUUGUUCACAAACCAAACGAAAAAAUAAGUUCGCGAUAUCGAAAUUAUCUCGGGUUCAUUCGUUUAAAAAUAAAGUGCGAUGUCUCUACGCGGUCAAAUGCUGCUGAUGCGUGGCUAUGGUCUAACCGGAUGCUGGGGUCGUGCACUGUUCAAUAAGAUUGGACUUGGUCCAGUGCGCUAUGCGGGCGGCUGCGCCGAUGCCCAGAAGGGAGGCAAGGGCCUAAUCCUGGGGCUGUACGAGAAGGAAAGCGGUAAGGGCCCAAGAUUGACCCCAGCUGGCGAGAAAUUCGAUGAUCGUGUCCAGGGCAAGUUGACGGAAUUGAUAAGCGAAACGAAAAUAACAGGACGCCUGGGACGUGGUAAGGUAUUCAACAAUGUAGAUCCCGAAUUCCGUUCGAUAUGCAUUGUGGGCGUUGGUCUGGAGGGUAUCGCAUUCAAUGAACUCGAGAUGCUGGAUGAGGGGAUGGAGAAUGUACGCGUUGCAGCCGGCAUUGGUGCCCGUUCGCUGCAAUCGCUUAACUGCAUUGAGGUCCAUGUGGACAAUAUGGAUUAUCCGGAACAGGCGGCUGAGGGAGCUUCCCUUGCUGUAUGGCGCUAUGAAGAGAAUUUGGCAAAGAAAUAUCGUCAUGUGAUCCCAAAAUUGGAAUUGUAUGGCUCCCCCGAUAUGGACUCAUGGACUCGUGGCUUAUUCAAGGCAGAGGCACAAAAUUUGGCCAGACGUUUGUGUGAUGCACCGGCCAAUUGUAUGACUCCCACCAUAUUCGCCCAGGCCGCUGUUGACGCUCUGUGUCCUUGCGGCAUCACAGUGGAGGUACGCACCAUGGAGUGGAUAGAACAACAGCAUCUCAAUUCAUUCCUCAUGAUUGCCAAGGGCAGUUGCGAGCCCCCUGUGCUGCUUGAGGUGGCCUAUUGUGGCACUGCUCCAGAGGACAAGCCCAUUCUGUUGGUGGGUCAGGGUCUGACGUUCAAUUCGGGUGGCAUUAAUUUGCGUCCUUGCGAUGGUAUGGAUGAAUUCCGUGGCGAUUUGACGGGAGCUGCUUCCAUAUUGGCUGCCAUGCGGGCAGCAGCUGCAUUGUCCUUGCCCAUCAAUAUUACGGCCAUAUUGCCGCUGUGCGAGAAUCUACCAUCUGGCAUGUCCUGCAAGCCUGGUGAUGUGGUCACCCUUCUGAAUGCCAAGUCAAUGGCUGUGCGGAAUAUCAGUCGCACUGGUGUUGUCGUCAUAGCCGAUCCAAUGCUCUAUGGCCAGUUGACAUACAAACCACGCCUGGUAGUUGAUGUUGGCUCAAUGUGCAAGGGUGUCAAGAAAGCGGUGGGUGGCGGUGCCACUGGAAUAUGGUCGAACUCCCAUUAUAUCUGGAAACAAUUCCAACGCGCCGGCUCCCUAACUGGCGAUCGUCUAUGGCGUUUCCCCCUCUGGCGUUACUACAAGGACCGUGUGGCUGAUCAUCUUAGCUAUGAUUUGGCCAACGAUGGUGAUGGACAUGCAUCCUCUUGCUUGGCUGCUGCUGUUCUGCAUGAGCUUGUCCCAUGCAGCGAUUGGGCCCAUUUGGAUACCUAUGGUACAGGUCUGUUGAGCACCUAUGGACUUAUCCCAUAUUUGGCAGCUGGUCGCAUGACAGGAAGACCAACUCGUACCGUGGUACAAUUCCUGUACCAAAUGGCAUGCCCUGAGCAGCCAAAAUAAUUGCAAACCUAAAAUUGAAACAAUCUUAGCCCUAGUUAGUUUUGAGAGGGACACAACCAACCACAGUCAUAAGAGUUUUACUCAGUUUCCUGACGCAUUACACAAUUUUUGCUUAUUAAUUUUUUUAAUUAUGCGUGUGUGUAGGGGAAAAAAACAAAAAUCAUCUUAAAUACUGUCUCACACUAGGGCUAACUAUACCGUAACAAGAGGAAAUAACUUGUUAGUUUUUGUCAUUUAGUAAUUUUUCUUUCCGUUUUUGGCCCAAUUUAAUGCACAAAUUAUAAGUUUUUCUUUUUAGACAAUUGUGACUAACAAGUAACAAUUUUCUCCAAUUGUAAUCAUUUUUUCCUUUGUUGUUUUCGGAUAUAAAGAAAAUAAUAAAUUCCAUGUUAAACAUUA